AGAAAGGGAGAACAAAAACGUGACAAGGCAGCCAAAGCGCGGUGUUAUGCAACUACUGACCUACUAACAUACAUUUUGUGUGUGUGUGAGAGAGAGCGAGAGAGAGAGAGAGAGAGAGAGAGAGAGAGAGAGAGAGAGAGAGAGAGAGAGAGAGAGAGAGAGAGAAUUGGAGCAAGUCGCCAACAUAACAUGAGGAUUCAAAGCAAAAAGGGAGACACGGAACCCACGCGCUGAGACUGAGAAACACUACCUUGGUGCCAGAGGCUCCUGGUCGAUUUCAAUUCAAACUUGGGAGACAAAAAGAAAGAACCGACAAUACUUAACUGCUGCUGCUGAACAGAAGCGUGGCGUGGAGUGAUACGGAUUUGUAAUUAAACGAUACAAAGACCUUCUCUUGUGAGCAGUGACACAGAUCCUGGGCCCCCAGAAACCAGUGUGGUGCAGAAGAUCCAGAGGCCAACAGAGUGACCUACAUCCACAGGGACGCCUGGAGCAGUGGGUCACAUCUCCGCAAGAUUACCAAACAAAGAACAUUCUACACGCUCUUAAGACCCAAGGAAUCACUUCAGGCAGCUACAACCCACUUUGCUGUUUCAAAGCAACGACUUUUACGAUUCACUGUGAGCAUCCUGUGCUGAGGUAAAGACACUGUGCCCUCUGUUCGUAAGAUAAAUGUGGAAGAUUUACGUGGAGUUUCACCUUUUCUUGAUCUUCCUGGCAAAUCUAGACACGUGAGUGUUCAACACUAGGAGCAAGAGGAAGUAAAGGGUAACCCUACAGCAAAAUCAAUGAGGUUCCCUCUCAGAAGAGCACAAAUACCUCACCGGGAGUUUUUUUCUGACCCUGCCACUUAGAAAUCAAAUCCAGAUAUUUUAAUUGCUCUUUCCAAUUUGUCCACUUUCUUUAGCUUUUCAAUAAUCCGAUUUCAAUGACAGGCAAGCGCCAAAAUUCUAAUCUCGUGUCCCAAGAGGAAAUAUGGAAAGCCUGAAUUUACACGUCCUGUCAUCCAACCCCAACAAUCUUGAGAACUCGGAGACCUUCUCCAACUACAGCGACAGUGUGGACUCGCCCCACAGCAACCCGCCGAGGUCCACCCGCCAGCCCAAAGCCAAGCCCAACAUGAGCUGCCGGCGCAAGCGGGAGUUCAUCUCCGACGAGAAGAAGGACGCCUCCUACUGGGAGAAGCGCCGCAAGAACAACGAGGCGGCCAAGCGCUCGCGGGAGAAGCGCCGGCUCAACGACAUGGUGCUGGAGAACCGCGUGAUGGCGCUGAACGACGAGAACGUGCGGCUGAAGACGGAGCUGCUGCAGCUGAAGCUGCGCUUCGGCCUGAUCAGCACCGCCUCCUACAUGGAGAAGAGCCAGCAGAUAGGGGCCGGCUCCUCCUCCAGGAACCCCUACUUCUCCAGCAGCGGCUACUCCAGCUCCUCUCAGGUGAUGAUGAACUCCGACUCUUCUGAGGCCGAGCAGUCUACCAUGGGUGAGCGCCACACCCCGCUGCCCAAAUACUCCCCCCGCGGCUCCCUGUCCGACAUGUCCGACACCUCGUCCCGGGACAGCCCCGAGCCCAUGGCCUACGAGGUGAAGCACGAAGCCGCCAUGGACAUGGGCGGGAUGGAGGCCAACCUGUUCAACGUCCACCACGGCCUGGGAUCGUCCUCCCAGCAGCACCACGCCCAGGACAUGGAGCAGGUCCUGGACUAUCACCGGGGUCACCAGGAGGCCGUGGCCAGCCCCGCACCCCCUGCUGCCACCCCCCAGAGGAGCGUUAUCCUGUACCGCUCCAGCAGCACGUCCUACCCCGUUGAGAGCCACAGGCUGCAUGACGCGGAGCAGCAGCCCCCGGCACAUCACCAGCACAGCACUUCCAUGGUCCAUCUCGGCCAGAUGAGCGGCGGCCCGGCCCGGCUCGAGAGCUCGGCCGGCGUGACCGAGGUGGCCAAGCAACUGGAGAUGAAGUCCUUAGACUCCCCGCCGUAUGACUAUUCUAACAGCAGCAACGACGGGGGUGAAAGUCAAGGCUUUGAAGGCGGCCAUCGCCACCAGCAGCAGGAGACACAGGGACACUAUUACCAGAGCCACAACCUGCAGAAGGACAGCCGCCAGAGGUCUUUCGCCCCAGACCUCCUUCAAAGCAGCGAGGAGGGUGAGCUCCACCCGUACCGUCACCACCACUCCUACCUCAACUCUACAGACGAGGAGCCGCCUGUGCUGACCUACGAGGGCAACCUCAAGGCCGAGGGGUACUACCAGAAGAGUUCAUCCUCCGGCAAGGACACCUCCUCCAGUGACGGGGACCCACGCAGCUCGGACAAAGAAGCCUCCACUGACGACGAGUCGCCCUCCUCCUCCAGCUCUGAGAUGGGCGGCUACCACCAGAGCCUAUCGGCCAGGCAGCUGGCUUUCCCCUCAGCCUGCCCGCAAGCAGAGGCGUACCAUUACCAAAGCGAGGAGAACCAGGUGGAGGUCAAGGGUACUGCCCUGCCUCACAAGCUCAGGCUCAAACACAGGGCACUGAGCAAUGGCGGGAGCGGGUCGCAGGGCGAAUCCUCCCCCACCACGGCAUCCGCCUCCCCAGGCUUGCCCCAGCACCCCUACCUGGCCCUCAGUCACAGCACCCAGCAGGGUGGCAGCACCUGCGGCUACAUGCAGGGAGACAGCCCAUCACCCGUGAGCUUCGGCAGGCAACUGUCCACCUCCCAAGAAGAAGGGGAGGAGAGGAAGGAGAGCAGGAGGAAAGAGUUUGGCGGUCAGAACAUCCAAAACAAGAGGCAUGACUGAGAGGGAGAAAAAGAGAGGAACGGACAAAAUGUCUCUCUUACACUGGCAUUCACAAAAAAGACUCUACAGACCAGAGCCAACUGUUAUACUCUCCAUCUACCAAAAUACAUGGUGUCCCCUUUGCCAGUACCCCAAAAGCAGAGAGCAGGACUCACUAUAUGAACUGGUCUUCUGGGGUGUCUUAUCUGAUACCAUUGUAUGGACCUGUCACUGGACAGUUUACCACACAACCGAAGCACUUACAGAUCAGAUGAAAUGUAUUCAUGGGAAGGGGAAUGGAACUCAUGGUUUGUCAUGAGACAGUUAAGGAGAUAAGUCACCACGACGCAUUAAGUACCAUUAAUUCAUAUUUGAAAGAGAGGCUGCAACCUCAAGUGCCCUUGUUACGGUUUGUGUGGUCCCAUUCACUUAGACUCGGUGGGUGGCCUCCACACAUCAGCAAGGCAUUCUGGGAACCAUCCCUGACCAAAGUUCCAUUUCCCAGAGUUCCAUCCUUCUAUGACCCCAUCACUUCCAGGCCUCUUGUACAUUUUCACUUUCCACCCAGGCCUCCCCACCCUUUCAUUUUCAAGCACUUGGAUUGUAUUUUACUGUGAUAUAUACAUAUGAUAUAAAAUAUAUACAUAUAUUUUAAGAAAAAAAACAACAAAAAAGGUAAAAACAAAACAAAAGAUGAGACGUCGUAAAGGAGGGAGUGGACUUGAAAGGUCAUCAGUUUGCCAGUGAUGGAAUUAUUGUACAGUCCUAUCGUGUCUAACUGUUGCAGAUACCACUUUAAGUAAGAAAGAAAAAAAAAGCUUCCAAUGUUAUUUUUUUAAUUUUCUUACUUUCUCUUUUUUAAUGACACUCUUAACCACAGCUUUUAAAAACUACUGUACUGCUAGUUUUCCUCCUCUUAGCACCCCUGAUGGGCCAGUGCACCCUGGUCAGAUAUCUAUAUCAGGUCUGCCGUUUGUACUGCAUCUCAGCAAUGAAACCUUUUCAGACUGAAGACUGGAAGUCGUUAAGCUUGACUGGCUACACUCAAGAGAGUUAAUAUUCCAAUCACUGCAAUAACGUUUUUUUGGAAUUUGAAUUGUUUUGGGGGACAAAAUCAGCAGACAAAAUUAGACAGAAUCGACCUCAAGUAUAAAAUUCAACCAGUGCCUUCCCAACCGGGACUAUAGACUUUCCAGCAAGCCACCAGUCCACUGUGCAUUUACUGUAACCUAACACUGGUCUGCACACUUUACGAUUUGAGUUUCUAUUUUUAUAUCCCAUUAGUUUGAGCUUCUUUUUGCCCACAUCUGCAGCUGAGAGAGAAAAGCCCAAGGCUACAUGACUGAUUAAAGUAAAUAGCACAUCCAGCAAAGUAACCAAGUGUAUAUCUGUGUGAAUUUGUUUAGGAUUCAAGUUGAAAUGGCAAACAUGAGCUGCAAGGUCUGUGUAAAUACAGGAAUGUGAUAUUAAACCAGACAAUGUUGAAGUCAUUCUGAAGGCUAGUGGGUGCGUGCACACACACACAGUAUCCUAAGAUGAACCCCACAGAAAUUACACAAAGCGGCGUGCUCAGUGUUCACUGCUGGGAGUCAUGAGCAUAUAUCAUGAGGUCUUCCUCUGAGAUUAGCAUUUGACAAAAGCUCUUACAUUACCCCUGCUACCCAGUGAGGCUCUCUGCAGUCUGAGAGUUCUGAUACCCACUAAAGGAGUUCCAGCUAAUCCCACUGUUCAUAAUUGGUCUAUUAAUUUUCCAUUGGUGCACAGAUAGUGUGUGUAAUUAUGUAAUAGUAACUAUAUUCAUGGUUGGAAUCAUUAAUUGGGUUGAAAAUAUGUAACCGGUUGCAGGGACAAUCAUCACUUGUUUAAGCAACAUUGCUUUCUUGUCUUUUUUUUUCCUUUCUGUUUUUUCCAAGGUGCCUCCCUGUAAUAUACACCUCUACCUGUUCCCUGCCUUUCUCUUUCUCAUACUGGGUGGCAAUCGUAAGCCUGCACUGGAUCGUACAGUUUAUGAAGUCUGUCUGUGUUAAGUGUUUCCAUGUUUCAGGUGCCAGCCACUGGCCCUUGUGUAUAAAUGUAAAGUUUUUCUCUCUUGGACAAUGUCGUAAGGUUUAUUUUAUUAUUUUGUAUUAUUAUUGUUAUUAUUAUGAUUUCUGUUAUUAUUUCAAUUGCAUUUUUGGUAAGAAUUUGUUUCCUGUUCCUUUUGUCGUUCUCCUUGUCUUGACAGUGAUUUGUACUUGCGCCUUCCUUUCCCUAUGAACAUGUUUUCAGCAGUGACGUGUUUUUCUUUUCGCCAAACGGUUGUAAGAAAAAGAAAGAAAAAGGAGGAGGAUGUGAUAAGGAAAAAGGGGGGGGCAGUACUCAUCAGCCCUCCUCAAUGUGCAAGUAAAGACACUAAAUGUUAUUGGAGGCAGGCUGGAGAAUACAAAUAAAAAGAUGAUGAAUUUCUCUAAA